CUUAAUCACCCUUCCACCCUUGAUUGUCGAUGGCCAUCGCUUGCAUAUGUCCGACGACCAUCCAUAAAAUCUUCCAGCGACAUUUUGACACUCGCAGCCGCCGCGGAAAACUUCAUCAUCCAUUUCCUCUUCUAUACCUAUCACACCAUAUCUUCCUUCCUCCACCAUGUCCCAACCUUCCCAGCAAUCACCCUCUCCCCCAGUCCUUACAGAUCUCGCAUCCCUAAUAACCCACCACACCUCCAUAAUAACCAACUUCCUCACCAACCGCAACCUCCCACACCCCCAAUUCUCCACUUCCAUCCCCUCCUUCCCACCCCCAGACUGCCCGCCCAAAAUCCAUAUGUCCCGCAUGUCCAUCGCACAACUAUGUCGUGAUCUUGCCGAACUCGUUCUUGGUCCUAUAGACGCAUUAAUACAUCCGCUCGUAAGCAUGAAGGUCGACAUUGGCGUACUGCGAACCAUCAAUUACUACAAUAUCCCUGAGGCGGUACCAAUAAACGGAUGUAUCGGCUACGAAGAGCUUAGUAAAAGAACCGGACUGAAUGCUGAUAUUCUCAAACGCAUAAUCCGAUACGCAUCCACCACGGGGAUAUUCACCGAAGUGCAGUACAAUCCGACCUCCAACUCACAUACCAGGAACAAGGACUCAGUACAAUCCAUCAAAGAGGGCGUCGGUGUCGCCCACACGCCCACAAGUCUCGCACUACUGACUUCCCCCCGCCUUCGCGGCGUUCUGCGGCAUAACCUCGACGAUAUUUUCCCCGCCUUCCUCUCGCUCCCAGAAUCCCUCCAACAAAAUCAAAACUCCCAAGAACCGAACGAAUCCCCGUUUAACUUUGCGUACAAAACUGAGCAGACGUGGUUCGAUUGGAUGAGCAAGCCAGGCCGUGAAACCAGUCUUCAAAGCUACCACCAGACUCUAGGAUUUCUAUCCGAAGGCGCGUUUAACGCCGGCCUCGCAGCUUCCGCGCCGGUAUUUAAGAGGCUGGGGCCCGGGAGUACGAUUGUGGAUAUUGGAGGGUCAACGGGCCAUGUGUCGAUUGCGUUAGCGCAACAACUCCCCCAUCCGAACUUUAUUGUGCAAGAUCUACCCUCCACAAUCGAGUCUGUCAAGAGCGAAGAAAUACCCCAGGAAGUGCGAGAUAGGAUACAGUUCCAACCCCAUAAUUUCUUCACGCCCCAGACCGAAGCUGCGGAUGUAUUUCUCCUGCGCUUUGUCUUGCAUGACUGGUCUGAUAAAUACUGCGUCAAAAUCCUCUCGUCUCUCCUUCCUCAACUCAAAGCUAAUCCCGCUGCGAGGAUAGCGCUCCUGGAGGUAGUGUUACCGGAACCAGGGACUGUGCCUACGUUUGUGGAAAGGGGAGCGAGGAGUGCGGAUAUUCAAAUGCUAGGGUAUGCGAAUGCGAGGGAGAGGGAUCGGGGGCAUUGGGAUAGGUUAGUUAAGGAGACGGACGAAGGGUUGGUGGUUUGGGACGUGUAUGAGCCCGUGGGGUGUGCAUUUGGGGUUGUUGAGGUUGGGUUGAGAGGGGGAAGGACUGGGAUUGAGCAGGGCAGUUUAGAGUAGGGAGAUGGCAUUUCGAAGUUAUGGAAGAGGGAAAGUGUGGAAGAUUAACCGGUAUUCAGAGAUUCGGAGAA